AUCAAUUUCGCACAAUCAGCUCAAUGGCACAAUUCCUGCGGAAAUCGGCAACCUUGCAAAACUUAACAAAAUUGACCUCAGUGAUAACCAGCUGACUGGCACGAUUCCUUCAACAAUUGGGAACCUCUUUGAGCUGCGAAGAUUUGACCUGAGUAACAACAAGUUGUCUGGCACUAUACCGGACGAAAUUACAGGCUUGGUCUACCUCACACUGUU